CUAUUUCUGUUAUUUUCUGGUUUUCUUCUUUUUCAAUGUUUUCAGGCCUAGAUAUCUCUCACGGAUUGGUGGAGUUCGCUAGAAUUGAAAACUCAGGGCACAAUAUACGAUACUUUGAAGAAGACGCGCAGACGUUUGGUCCUCUUCUUACCGACUGGCGGGAAAAGUUCAAUAAAAUUCUGAGCAUGACAGCUCUUCAUUGGUGCUUUGACAAGAAGAGUGUCUUAAAGAAUAUCUACCAGUGUCUUAAACCAGGAGGUAUAGUCCUCCUUGAUUUCCCUACACAUUCCCAAAUUGUUUCAGAAUGGAGUCCCUACGGUGAAACUUGCGAUGUAUGGAUUAGAAAACAUCCAAAAUGGGGGCAAUAUCUACAGAAAUGCAACUACGAGAUUUUUCCAACAAAAAGUACUGAGGGUUUUCUGGACCUUGUGAGAUCAGUGGGUUUCAUCAUUGGACAUUCAGAGGUGAAGCAACCCCCUUGGGUUGAAUGGAAGGAAAGUGACAUCAAAAAACAAUUACGUUGCGUAUUUUACCCUAUAAAAAACAUCCCUGUGGAACACCAAGAUGAAUUCAUCGAUGACGUGUACAAAUGGAUGUGUGACGUCACUCCAAAGAGGUCUGGUAAUGUUUACCAAGGUGAACUGGGAAGGGCCAAAACUAUGACCAUUGUGGCUACCAAAGAAUGACACUCGUCAGGUUGGUGACCCGAUGUAAACGAAUGAAGCCCUCGGUUUUUUAAACACAAGAAACCUUCACGUUUUAUGAUACAGUAGUAGGAUAGAUUUUUUAGAUGUUUAUUUUUUAUACUCUGAAUCGAAUAAUCCACAUUUUACCAUUUUUGGUUUUACAUUUUCCAUGGUUGUAUUUGGUGCAUCAACAUUUAAUAAUUUAUGAUAUUUUUCUGUCUCCAAAUUGGACGGAAAAUGUUUCAACUUUUCAAACAGAUAGGAAAACCCAAUAUACAUUUUUUCAAAAAAUGUAUAGUCUGUUCUUUAUUGGUAAUAUUUGAAAUAAAGAAUCUAUAUUUCCCCUCUCGUAAACUUUAGGCUGGUCUCAAGUUUGUACAUAAAAUGUUAUACAGAAAUUGUCUGUAAAUUCAACAUUCUUGACCCGACCCUUGAGUCCAAAUAAUUGCACAACAAUGACUUUAAUAUCAAGGAUAGCGUUGCUUGUCAAUUAAAAAAAAAGCCUUUGGUACUGUGUGGGUUUGUCCAAACUUAAAAUAUAAAAUGAUUUAAAAAAAUAUAGUGAUAGAAAAACUCUCUUGUCACUUCUUCUUCAUGUUAAUUGCAUUUUUUAUAGUUUGAUUUACUGAGUGAAUGGGAAGUGAAAAGACGGUGUCACACUUUGUGCAUGAGUGUAUGGUUUUCUGAGCAAAACGGUGUAACUCGUCCACUCACCACCAUCAUGGUCUAGUUUCAUUUAGUCUAAUGCCAUUACGUCCAUCAACAUUUCGUCUAACGGCGAUUUGGUCCAAGCAUCACUUCGUCUAAUCACCAUUUCGUCUAUGACCAUUUUGUCUCAUAACCAGUUGGUCUAAUAUCCAUUCAUUUUCAUUCAUUUUGCAAAAUUAAAACCUACUCCAAUUUGACCAAAUGGUAUAUGGAUUAAACGGCUAUUUGGCCCAAUUGGGUAUUAGGCGAAAUCGUGAGUGGACGCGUUAAUUGGCAAUUAGACCAUGUGGAUAGUGGACGAACUGAUGGUGAACCAAAUGCAAAAGAGCUGGUAGUUGGACUAACUGGCAUUAGACGAAUUGGAAAUAAACCAACAAAACAAUUUACUAACGUCCAGAGACUAGGGAAAGGGUUGUUUGCCCUUCCCUGAGAUCCAAAGGGGGAAUCUAAUCACGAAAUCACUGAACUAGCGCAUGGAAGAUGGAUAGGCCUAUGUUUGGAAAUAUAACAUUAACUUUUUCUGGGGCCCUUUGCAGAAAGAAUUGCAAUCAACCGAAACUCAUAAAAUCUUGCGCAACUUGAUUUUCAGCCAAUGAAGCACCCUCGUUCGGGGCUUGCGCUUGAUAUUACAGGCCCCAGGGAAUAAUUGCACAAAAUGUCAUUACGGUCAUGCCCUUUUUAUGUGCUGAAAAUAUGGAGUGAUGCGUUUGAUUGCUAUCCUAAUAAUUGGAGCAGAUGGUCAUCCGUCAAUGCGCUUCUAUGAUCAUGAUAUGAUACUCAUUUAUGACCACUGUUAUUUCCUUUAUAUUGUUUUUAACCUGAAACUGUUGGUUCUCAAUUCUCUAAAAGAGUGAUAAAACAGAAAAAUGGCGGAAAAUGAUAUCACAUAUCCAAAAUCCAUCUUAAAACAAGAGAGAGAGAGAGGGGCUGAAGAAUGAGAAAAGGAUUUUAUUGAUUCGCUCUAUACACACAUUGGGAAAUUCUCAAUGUCAAUUAAAAUUUCAAAUAAACAAAUUUCAACGUAAACCACAAUAUGCAUGUCACAAAGUGAACAGGAAUUUUAAUCUUAUAAGCAUUUUAAAUAUGCAUUUUAAAUAAUGGGAUUGGGAAUAUUAGUAAUCUCAGCAUUCCUAGCAAUCCUAGUUAACCCC